ACGCACGCUGCGCGCGGACGCCGGCCUCUGACGCCGUCGUCGCCCCGGCGCCGCGUCCCGCCCUGGCCGCUCCCGCGGACCGUUGGGCGGCCUGCCCAAGUCCCUCCUUCGGGACCUCCCCUCACCCCCGAACCGCUCUCGCGGCAGCGACCCAUGUGGGAGUUCAGGCUCCUGCGGUCGCCGCCGCCGCUGCUGCUCCUCCUGCCGCAGCUCAGCCUCGGAAUCGCCGCGUCCCGCUCGCAGGCCGACACCAUGAACCUGGGCGGCGGCGGCGGCGGCGGCGCGCGGUGCUCCUCCUCGGCGGAGGGGCGCCGGCCGCAGUGCCUGCAGCUGUCGGCGGUGCCGGGGGCUGACCCGCAGCGCAGCAACGAGCUGCUCCUGCUGGCGGCGGAGACGGCGGGGGAGGGACCGGAACGGCGCGCCCUGUCUGGGGAGCGGGCGAAGGAGGAGCCGCAGCCAGCGCGCCAGCAUCACGUUCUCUAUUUCCCCGGGGAUGUGCAGAAUUACCAUGAAAUUAUGACCCGUCAUCCUGAGAAUUAUCAGUGGGAAAACUGGAGUCUAGAAAAUGUUGCCACCAUUUUAGCCCACCGGUUCCCCAAUAGUUAUAUUUGGGUGAUAAAGUGUUCCCGAAUGCAUUUGCACAAAUUCAGCUGCUAUGACAAUUUUGUGAAAAGUAAUAUGUUUGGUGCUCCAGAACACAAUACUGACUUUGGAGCUUUUAAGCACCUUCAUAUGUUAUUAGUUAAUGCUUUUAAUUUAAGUCAGAACAGUUUGUUAUCAAGGAAGAAUGUGAAAGAUUUGAAUAAGGACUCCAGAGCAUCUAACUGCAGAUCCAGUUCUUCUCACACUACUAAUGGUUGCCAGGGAGAAAAAGAGAGGACCUGUGAGAAAUCUGAUGAGUCCACCGUGAGUUUUUACCCACCAUCACUAAAUGGUGCUUCUUUUACUUUGAUUGGAUUCAGUAAAGGUUGUGUUGUUUUGAAUCAAUUGCUUUUUGAAUUAAAAGAAGCCAAGAAAGACAAGAACAUAGAUGCUUUUAUCAAAAGCAUAAGAACAAUGUACUGGCUGGAUGGCGGUCAUUCUGGAGGAAGCAAUACUUGGGUUACUUAUCCAGAAGUCUUGAAAGAAUUUGCACAAACAGGGAUUAUUGUUCAUACCCAUGUAACACCUUACCAAGUAUGUGAUCCAAUGAGAUCUUGGAUUGGAAAGGAGCACAAGAAAUUUGUUCAGAUUCUUGGAGAUUUUGGUAUGCAGGUGACUAGCCAAAUUCAUUUUGCAAAGGAAGCUCCUUCCAUAGAGAAUCACUUCAGGGUUCACGAAGUAUUUUGAGACUGCAAGAAUAUUAAUGUACGUGUUCAGUGGAAGAGCAAAAGCACUUUGAGGGUUAUAAAUUCAGAUAAUGAGAUAUAAUUCAUAGAUGCACUGUCAGUUUUUUGGGGUGGGGGUGGGGGGAGGAAGCACACAUUCCUAAAAUGAGUGUAAUGUGCAAUAGUAUUCCUUGCUUGUGAAUGUGAACAGUUUUUACUUCAGAAUGGGUUAGAAUUAGUUCAUUUGCAAAGUAAAAGAUGGUUUGUGAUGAUCAAGGAGGAUCAUCCUAAAGAAUGAAAAUUACGAUAUAGUCCUUAGAAAAGGUAAUGAAAAUUGUUAUUGUUGGAAGUAGUUUAUUUUCUGAGUACUGUUUGGAACUAAUUUUGGUGACACUAACAGUAAUUACUUAUUUGGCACUCAAAACUCCAUUUCUCGUCAAAUAAAGCAAAGGCACACUGAUGUUUUCCAUAAUUGUAGAAUUAACUGUACCCCUGCCUCUUAUGUUUUAUAAACUCCUAGUCAUUCUUUAAUGUGCCACCAAGUUUUUUUCUUAGGAGUCAAAAUAUAUUUGUGUCCAAAUUUCCAAGAACAUGCAGUAGUGUAUAGUUGGUUUUUAAAAUCAUUACACUUGAGGACUAUGGCUUAAUUUUUGACAACUUUUUGGUUUUUGACUCUUGGCCAAAAACCAGUUCUUUUGAAAAAUUGUUUUAAAUUGAAUGUAAUUAGGUAUAUUGGGUAAAAAUACCCUACAGAUUUUUAUCAUAUUGGACUUUUGAAAGAGAUCAGCUUAGGUGAAAUAAAUGUGUAACACUUUAUUUGUUACUGCUCUAUUGAAAAGGAGACAGAUUCUAUAGAUCUAAGUCAGUGUUUCUCCAGAAGCAUGAUUUUAUCUGCCAAAAGAAAGCAGCUCUCUUUGGCCAAAAUGCAAAAUUAUAUUGCUAUAAGAAAAGUUACAGGGAAAGUUUGAAGACACAAAUGAUUUAAUUUUGGCUCAAAAACUGAAUUUGCUUAACACUGCUACAUAAUUUGGGUGAGGUUUCCUUCUGCUUGUUUUUCUUGACCUAGAUAAAUAUAUUUUGAGAAACCAAGAUCUAAUGAAUGUCAACCAACAUUGAUAGCUGUGUGAUUACAAUAAAAGGUGAACCCUUUAUUAAUAAUAAUUAGCUUUUGCAGGUCAUGAAAUAAUUAAGCAGGGAAGUAACAUUGCUGCUUUCAGACUGAAAAAAAAAAAAAAAGACACUGAAGCUUAAUAUCUUAAUAACCCAGAGGACCUAAAUUUAUAAAAUAUAGAAUUAAAAUGUUAAUCUCUUGGUUUCUUCCCAGAAUUAUAUUUUAAUGACUCUAUAAUACAUUCCAAAUAUUCAGACUUAUAAGAAUUCUUACUCACCAAAUGCUUAAAAAUAACAACCCUUAAUUCUAUAAAGUACAGAAUAGUAUCUCUCAAUUUUUUUAAGGACAAUUUAGUUUAUAUUGCUUCAUUUUCUUUAAAUACCUGUUUCUUUUGAGACCAAAAAUUCCCAACAAGGAGACAAAUCCUGAUGCUAGCAUUUUAUUACCUAAACCUAAAGUACCAUGCCUGGUUGGCUUCUUUCAGUGUUUAAUAAUCCUUGGUUAAAUUCAUGUGAAUCUAAUGUUAAAUAGCUAAGGUAGCGAAUGCACUAAUGGGGGGAGGGCAGGAAAGGCACUUAUUUUUAUAGGAUUAACUAAAAUGGAAGAAGUAGAAUUCUUCUUUUUGCAGAAGAGUUCACUGAAAAAAUCUGAGGUAUUUAAAAAUCUGUGUUCUUUAGCUAUCUUGUCAUGUGACUGCUUACUUAGAUUUGUCUGUUCAAUGGAUAUGAAGAAUAACUCACUGGACACCUGGAACCGCCACUGCGGCAAAGUGAGAGUGUUGAAAGUAGAAGUCUUUUCUUGAAUGAAAAUAUAUUCCAGUUGAUCCAUCUUCAAAUAGUUUAAGACUUCAAAUUUGUCUUCUCUACAUUUGUUUAAAACUAUUGUAAAUGUUAGUGUAUCCUUUUGGACUGUGCCUUUGUGUUUGUGUCAAGAGAGUCAACUGAGAAGUCCUACAGAUAAUGUGAAAGUUGUUGCCGCCACAGCAUGAAUGUACAAUUGUAUUAAAUUUAAUCCGAGAA